GAAGGAGCCACACCCUCCUUUGUGUAAAUACCCAAACUGUGGAUGCUGGAGUGAUCUGGCUUUACAACAAUACAACAAUGCAAUUACAACUCCAUCAUUGAGACAAGGUGACUUGUGAAGAAUGAAUGAGAUUGUGUUCAGAAGUAAGUUGAAGGAGCACAGUAUUCAACUAGAAGACUGAGUCCAGAUCCCAGCAGCAUCGAUAGCCAUGGAGAAGCUACUAUGGUGCUUUCUGAUCAUGAUCAGCUUCUCUCAGGCUUUUGGCCAUGAAGACAUGUCUAAAAGGGCCUUCGUAUUUCCCAAAGAGUCAGAUACUUCCUAUGUGUCUCUGACAGCAGAGUCAAAGAAGCCACUGAAUGCCUUCACUGUGUGUCUCCACAUCUUCACUGCUCUGAGCACAAGCCGAAGCUUCAGUAUAUUCUCUUAUGCUACCAAGAAGAACUCUAACGACAUUCUCAUAUUUUGGAAUAAAGAUAAAGGGUAUACUUUUGGAGUUGGUGGGCCUGAAGUACAAUUCAAGGUUUUAGAAAUUCCCGAGGCCCCAACACACAUCUGUGCCAGCUGGGAGUCUGCUACAGGGAUUGUAGAGUUCUGGGUUGAUGGGAAACCCAAGGUGAGAAAAAGUCUACAAAAGGCCUACACUGUGGGGACAGAUGCAAGCAUUAUCUUGGGGCAGGAGCAGGAUUCAUAUGGUGGUAACUUUGAUGCAAAGCAGUCUUUCGUGGGAGACAUCGGAGAUGUGAACAUGUGGGACUUUGUGCUAUCUCCAGAACAGAUCAACACAGUCUAUGUUGGUGGGACACUCAGCCCCAAUGUUUUGAACUGGCAGGCACUGAGGUAUAAAGCAUUGGGUGAUGUGUUUAUCAAGUCACAGCUGUGGUCCUGACCUACUGUUGUGAGCCCUGAGGCACCUCCUGGGAUUACAUUCUCUCUCUUGUCUCCAGUUAUGAACCUUUUAACCUCAGCAGAUGUUAUAGGUCUGUUCUGUGAAUAUGGCCUUUCACAUCUUUCUCUGCAGUCCUCAGCACUAGAGCAUGGAAUUUAAAUGUAAGGCUUCUAGUGUAUGCAUCCCGCUAGGACUCUUUAUUAAAGAGAAUCUGACUUACCCAUGGUUACACACACACACACACACACUCACACACACACACACACACACACACACACACAUAAUUGAAAAAAAUUUAGGCAUAAUCUCUCUCCCUCACAUUGAUGAGAAAAUAGAUGAACAGAAAGGAAAAUAAUAUUUUAUUGUUUUUGUUUUAGAAUGUCAUAGUGAAUGCUGUAUUUACAUCAUUUUUAUCCCCCCUCUCCAAAUCCUCCCCUAUCUUCCCUAAAUUUCUCUUAAAUUCAUAACAUCUUAUUAUUAGCCUUAUAUGCACACACACAUUAUCUAUCUAUUGUGUAUUCAUA